AUGGAGGAGGAGUUGGAAGAUCUGCCUGAGACCGAGAAGGAGGUGGACCCCCUUCGACAUGCAAGGAUCCGGCGCGAGGUGAAUGGAAAGGCAUUCACAGGUUACGUGGAGGACAUUGAGCAGGGCAAGGUCACUCACGAAAGACUGUACCGAAUAAAGUAUGAGGAUGGCGACCUUGAGCACCUGACACCGGAGCAGGUGAAAGAAAUGAGGAUCGAAGACGAUGACGAGAUGGAGGACGGCGAUGUUGAAGAGGAUGCAGAAGACGAGGAACAGACGAAGGCAUCGGGAUCUCCGAAAGCCAAGGCGAAGGCCAAAGCAAAGGCCAAAGCUAAGGCCACCCCCAAGGCCAAGGCAAAAGCCAAAGCAAAAGCUAAGGCCAAGGCAGCGCCAAAGGCAACAGCCAAGGCCAAGGCAAAGGCGAAAGCAAAGGCGAAGGCUAAAGCCAAGGCCGCUCCAAAGGCUAAGGCGAAAGCCAAGGCCAAAGCAAAGGCCGUGAUCAAGAAGCCUUCAAAGAGAUGA